AUGCUACGGCAGAUGAACCUACCUGAGGCCUACCUCCUGAGCAGGGCGGCCGAGCUGCUCAACCAUGAGUGGACCCCGGACCCACCCGGGGUCAACCCCCUGACAACUCUGGAAGCUAUGCUACCAAUAGCUGCACGUGCGGCACUGCACACCUACAGGGAGCAGCCGGCGGGGAAGGGGAACCUUCAACUGACCCUGUCACGCCACAUCAAUGAGACACGGGCAGCGGAGCUGCUAGCUGACACGAUCGAGGACCGCCCAGGGAAGGACUGUGGGCAUGCAGUACGGCUCAUCAGUUUGCAAGGGGUGGGAGCGGGGGACUGGCUUCAUGCCAUCCCAACGAGAUCUGACCUUACAUUUGCCCCUGGUCAGUUCUCGCUGGCUCUUGGCUUCCGCCUCGGUAUGGCCCUUCCAGUUACAGUUAACUGCCCGUGCAAGCGUGACAACACGGCAAUCACAGACACAAGUCUAGCGAACCACCUACUGCGGUGUGGGUACGGGGGAGAUGUCGUCCGCACACACAAUGCUCUGGUGUACGCUCUGCUCCGGAUGGCGAAGGAGGCCGACUUCACUGUUUUCCAUGAAACCACUGCCUUCUCACCACCGGUGAUCAGGAAGAGCGAUCUUGCUAUUCGUGACAAGGAGUCUAAUGAGACAUGGGUCACCAACGUGACGGUGACUGAUCUUGUGCUGCAGUGCCGCAACAAACGUGCCCGGAAGCCUCCUGGAUGGGCGGCUAGGGAAGCCUCGGAGCGGAAACACAGGAUCUAUGAGGGGCGGCCUGAUUAUGUGGGCUUCUUUGGGUUGGCAGUGGAGACGUAUGGGGCCCUAGCUACAGAUACACAGCAGUUUAUCCGCCUGCUAGCAUCCUCAAUGGCAAAACGGAGGUUCCGCCAGGGAAGGCUCACCACCACCACUGCACGGCUCACCGCCCACUACAGGCAGCGCUUCAGUGUCAUGCUCCAGCGCUCACAGGCGACGUCAUUCCUGAACAAGUCUAACAUAGGCGACGUGGCAGCCUUCUCACAGACGGCUAGGGACCCUUGGGAACCCAGCCUAGGGGACCUCUGGCAGGUUCUCGAGGAUGAGAUGGAAGGGGUGUUGGGUCAGUAA